AGAGUCUACAUUCCAUCGAGUCUACGAAGGCAUUAUGUUUUACCUACCAGUCAGAAAAACUUCAUUUUCAGUAACAGUAAACAGUGUCUAGUUUAGUAAGUCUUUGGAUCCAGCCACAUUAUUGGAAAUGGCAGGAAAGCCUCCUGUUCCUGCACCUAGAGCAAAGGGAAAAAACCUGGCAAAGCCAGGGGACAUAUGUUCCGAUGUAUUCUCAGAUGAUGUGCCCAUGAACCAGGAUAAGAAGCCACCACCAGUUCCGCCGAAAGUCCACAAAGUUAUCAGAUCAGGUGGGCAAGCUCUACCUGGCAUGGUGCGUUUCAGCUCUGUGCCUGAAUCUGAUGGAAAGAUUGGAGGACAGGACUUCACUGUGCAGGAGAAUAAUGGAGAGGAUGGCAUCAAAUCCCUGACACUGCAGUGUCCAAGUCAAACUUCUGAUGAAUCCAGUGAUCAGGGGACGUGUGCUAAAAGUAAAGUGUUGUUGAAUCAGCAGACUUGGCAUGUGGAUUCUCAUCUGUUAUAUCAGAGAAGUAAUUCACUUCCGGCGCAGAGCUCAGCUCAGAGUCAGCAGGAUGCAGAGGACAAUGAAGAUUUCAUGGGGUGGUGGAACUCAGAGGAACCCUGGAAGGAAUAUCCUGACACAAAGGAAAAUAAUGUAAUAGCAUUCACACAAAAAGCCAAAAAUCUAAAAAACGCUGUCAAGGUAUAUGAUUAUCUCCUUACUGAGCAUGGAGCGAAUCUGCAGGGUCACAUUUUACAUCUAGAUGAAGUGGCCACCAGCAUUGACAAGGUCCAUAAGGGAGUGAAGAUAGCAGGUAUUACUGGAGGAGCUGCAGGGGCAGUAGGGGUUGCAGCUGCUGUUGGAGGUAUCAUUCUUGCCCCACUGACUGCGGGGGCUUCAUUAGCAGUGACUGCAGUUGGAGUUGGAGUUGCAGCUGCGGGAGGAGUCACUGGAGCCUCAGCUGCCAUCACCAACAAAGUCCACACCAAUAUGGACAGGAAGAAGGUGGAAACAAUCCUGCAAGAACACUGUACACAUAUAGAGGAAAUCGAGAAAUGUGUCAAAGUUAUUGGCACAAAUAUCGAGGGUCUGAAGAAAUACAACCUGUCCACAUUAAAGGGGGUGGAUUGGACAGCAGUGAAGAUGGCUAGAAUGGCACAUAAGUUAGGAGACAGUGUGGGAGCGAUUGGUGCAGUCAGCAAGUCCUCAGGGAUGAUCCAAGGCUUUUCAUUGGGCAUGGACAUGUACUUCAACAAAGAAGACUCCAAACAAUUGAAGAAAGGCUCAGAAACCAAAUUCGCCAAGCAAAUCCGCAAGAUCUCAAAGAACAUGCAGACCAGCCUUGAUGAGCUGAUGGCAUUUAAAACAGCGAUGGAUUCUGAAAGCACGUAGAACAUAAUUUGUUCAAAUAUUGGAUAACUGUGGAUUUUUGCAGAAUAUUGUUAUUAUUAUUGGAUUAUUUAUGGAUUAUACACUAUGGAUAUUUAGGGGCCAAUCACCAAAGAAGCAUAAGCUACUACUAUUUUGUUAUCAUUCUAUUGUAUAUCAUAUUACUAUUAUGAAUGCCAACAAAACACUAUUCAGAUGAACAGUUAUUAAAAAAGAGAGUUGAUAUUUUAAAUUCCAGGUGUUGAUGAAGGCAUACAGGAAAAUUUCAUUUUGAGGCCAAACCUUUGUUAAAGAGGGUUGAAAAAAUGCACUGAGAAAUUAUACUUAAGUAAAGGUAUAGACAAUAUUCAACUAAAUUUAAAUGUAUUAAAAUGUUUAAGCCUUUAAAAGUAUGUUGUUUUAAACCUGUGUAUUAAAUUAACGUCAUACUAUCAUGUGGAAAUGAUAUAUACUGAGGUCAAUACCCAAUAUACAUUUUUUUUGCCUGUAAACAUCAUGUAAUUUCUGUUCAUUUGCUCUCAUAUACCGGACAACUGUUAUGAAGUUUGCUGAUGAAUCAGAAGGUAUCAUGUAA